AUGGAAUUUCGUGGAAAAAUUGAUCCUGACCUUCUUAGUGCAGUGAGUUUGUUCUGGCUCAGGGCUCAGCCUCCAACAGCCCAGGAACAUUUCGCCAUGGGAUUGGCUUACAUUUGCAUGAUGAUCCUUGGAAUAACUGGAAACUCUCUUGUGAUUUACAUGUUCUGUCGGUGUCGCAGCCUGAGGACUCCUUCGAACAUCUUUGUAAUUAAUCUGGCACUCAGUGAUUUAGGCAUGAUGGCCAAAAUUCCAGUCGUGAUUUACAACAGUUUCCACCAUGGACCAGCCCUUGGAGCACUUGCCUGCCGGUUGUAUGGAUUUAUUGGCGGUUUAACUGGUACUGUAUCAAUUGGAACACUCACAGCUAUAGCCAUUGAGAGAUACCACGUAAUUGUUUAUCCAUUGAGUAGCCAGCGUUCAGUAGCUCAUUUACGGAUUGCUAUUGUAUUUGUGUGGCUCUAUGCACUUUUCUUCUCUGGAAUUCCCCUUUUAGACAUUGGUUUAGGUCGGUAUGUUCCUGAGGGGUAUAUCACCUGCUGCAGCUUUGACUACUUGAAUCCAACACCGCGAGCCAAGAUUUUCCUAGUGGUAUACUUUGUAUGCGCAUGGUGUGUCCCAUUCUGCACCAUUGCUUAUUGCUAUAUGCAAAUUCUUCGUGCAGUUGCAUUUACAAAUCGCCUUCAGUGUUCCAAGGAUCGCAACAAAACUGAACUCAAACUGGCCGCUGUGGUAUUUGGCAUCAUAGCUCUGUGGUUCAUAGCAUGGACUCCUUAUGCCAUAGUAGCUCUCCUGGGAAUUUCAAAGUAUCGCUCUCUUCUAACUCCAUUUGGAUCAAUGCUGCCAGCAUUCUUCUGCAAGACAGCAGCUUGUCUAAAUCCCUACGUCUAUGCCCUGACUCAUCCAAGAUUUCGCCAAGAGAUUCAGCGGAUGUUCAUGAGUUUUGGCAAGAAGAAAAAUCUGCAGUAUGUCACAUCUUUUACGCGUGGUGCCACAACAAGGCGCAUCGUCAGGGAAUUCACAAUUUCGGAGGAGCAUCAACAAGAAGAGACGCUUCAGUGAAGUAAUUGCAAGGAGAACUGGAAAUUGUGCCUUAAGAGAUUUCUCAGGAGAUUCAUGAUUCUGCCAAUGAAUUUUCCCACAUGGUGUUUCGUGCAAUAUUCAUGAAUAACUGGGCUGAUAAUGUGAAAAAAAUGUUAAAUGUGUCAGUGUAAUGUGCAUCGAUGUGUUCAGGUGUAUGAAAAAUCACU